UACAAUUUCUGAGGGCAUGAAAGUAUAACAAAAUUUGGUCUUCAUUAAAUUGGGGUUUCCGCUAGGGUUUUGCAGUAUUCUCACGGCACAGCUUGCGCCAAUCGAGUUGGAGGAGUGGAAAGAUGUCAAAGAAGAACGAUUUAGGUCGAAGAAAAAGACUGCACGAUUUCGAUUUAAAAAGAGAAAAGGAAGAGAAGGAAAAGAGGGAAAAGAAGCUUCAAGCCAAGAAAAAUAAGAUGAAAGUUGAUGGCAAAAGUAAGAAGAAGAAAGGGGGCGCUGGAUUUCAAGUAGGAAAGAAAAAGUUGAAAACAAAGUUGACACCGUUGGCAAAAGCUAAAGCUUCCCAAGCAAUGGAGGUUGAUCAAUGAGGUUGAUAUGGACGCACUGAUUACCAGAAAAUAGAUCAAAUUUGACAGGAGUGUUUUUUGUAAUGCAGUUAUACACUUAAAACCUGACAGGUCUACAAUUUUGGAAUCAUAAGAAUGCACUUUGCUUAUUUUCUUUGCAUAUUUUGUAUGAAAUUCUAGUCCUUUGUAUGAAAUUUUCUAGGAAGGGUUCUUUGGCCUUUGGGUGCUCCAAAGUAGAGGGAUUGAAAUUUUACAA